AUGGAUCCUCACUCCUUGACCCGGUCGCGACAAACGCCGGCUGCAAGAAACCAUAUCGUCUACACGGACCACAAGGGCAGAAAAAUACCGUAUGCCGACAAAAUAACUCCAGAGCCGAUUCUUAACAACAAUGAAGGUAGAGACACGAAGGCAGAUUCAAUCAGGAAUAGUUACAACAGUCAAUUUAAAGUCGGAAUAUACGGUUGGAGAAAAAAAUGCCUUUAUAUUCUCGUUAUGGCGCUUAUGUUCAUGAUGAUAAUCAAUCUUGCAUUGACGCUUUGGGUUUUAAAAGUAUUGGAUUUUAAUUCGGAGGGCAUGGGUCAGCUACGUAUAGUACCUGGAGGUCUGCAGCUUCUGGGUCAGGCUUUAGUAUUGGACUCCUUGUUCGCGUCUAGUAUCAAGUCGCGUCGCGGUCAGCCCAUCACCGUCGAGUCCUCGCGAAACUUCACAGUCUGCACCAGAGACUCACAAGGAUUUCUUCAGAGCAGGUUAUAUUUAGGUCAUGACCGUUUGGAGGUGAACGUGGGUCGUUUAGAGGUGCGUGACUCCCGUGGCGUGUUACUACUGAGCGCGACUCCAGACGCGGUGUCUGUGGGCGCAGACAACUUAGUGGUAGCCAGUCCUGCCGGAGCCACCUUCCAUACUGCGGUACAAACGCCGCUAGUCCGAGCGCCGCCCUCCAAACAAUUAGUCUUGGAGUCACCAACGAGGUCACUGGAGAUGCACGCGGCACAGAGCAUAGCGCUGGAGUCCCGCGCCGGUGACAUCAGCGCCACUUGCCUUACCACCUUCCGACUGCGAUCUAUUGCUGGCGCGAUACGGCUGGAUGCGCCGAGUAUAUACAUGCCGAAGCUGAAGUCAGCUCUUCCCCUGCCUCCGUCAACAGCGCAUUCACACGACCCUCACCAUCAGAACAUUUACCAGCUAUGCGCCUGUGCUAAUGGGAAACUGUUCCUCGCGCCUCCGCACGGCGCGUGCGCAGCUAGAGAAGAAAGUCUCAUCUGCCGAUGA